UCAUAUCUUAUAAGGCUGUAUAUAUAUUCAUGUUUUGUUACGGGUUUUGGGUUAUUUACAAUUAAUGUGUACUUAAAAUGCAUAAGAAAUACCUCCAUAUGUAUCACACGUUAAUUCAAACAUUUGACUGACACUCUUUUCUUUGGGAUAUUUAUACGCUGCAAGUCUUCAUUUUAUAACUAAUAGGAACACAUGUCAUGAGUUGUAACAGUAUUGACAUGAUGCAUACUCUUUAAUUCAUGUUUCCUCAGCUGUUUGCUGAUAUACUAAAUUCAUCAUGCAGUUGGUUGAGGAUAUAGUAAUAACUUUAAUUAUGUUGACCAGGACCACAAUAUAGUACUUAAAUGCACCCUGUAGUACCUACGCCACGAUUACACGUGCAUUAUGUGACAUAGUCUGCUUUAUUAAAGACUUUAAACAGUCUGUCUGAAACCCUCCAUGUUGAGUAACCGAUUCAGAGAUGUGAGAAUUAGCUUCACAAAUGUUCUGCCUGUGCAGAAGCAAACACUAGUUUAUUAAGUCCACUGAUGGACACUACUGCCGUGUUAUAUAAACGAUGGAAAUGUGUCAUUAAAUAUUCUCUUCAUCGUUAUGCUAAAAGACCUAUAACUGAGUUCCUUAUUGUACAGGUAUAAUUUUCGGUUUGCAAAAUCUGCACAAGCAGCUCCACUUCUUGGUUUUGAUUCAGAAGCCUUUUUUAGAGGCAGGAGAUGCUUUCUCUCCUCACAAUCCCGGUAAUCUAAACACAAAAACCACACAGGUUCACUCCGUGUGUUUUCAUUCAGAAGUUCAUUGUGAAACAUCAACUACAGAUUAGCAACCAAAAAUAAUCGACGCUGUUUACUUGAUUUGACUACAAAAUGAUGCACCAGUGUGCACGCAAUUCAGCGCGGUUGUGCUCCAGUUAAUGCCCCUCGUGUAUCUCGGAUGGUAUUUUCUUUAUUUGUAUUUCAACCAUAAUCAACCGCGCGACGCCGCGUCAAUAAUUUUAUAGCGAUCUUGCGGCACCCGACUGUCUCUGUGGCUAAUAAUGCAACACACUGGACGUUAAACCAGGCAGGCUAAAGCUGAGUGACAGCAGGUCCAGCAUUAUGCAAAGGAGCGGGGUAGUGCAGCGGCAGCGCCGGGCAGAUUAGGACUGUGCUCGGGAUCAGUGAGCCACCGCGUCCUCCUCUCCUGCAAGAGCAACUAGUGCCGCUGUUUUUCACCCCGAAACACACGCGGUUCACUCUGCGUUUGCCUGCUUCGUUUUCAACUAGUAUUUCAAUCGCGUGGACCCGUAUGUGGUGGUUUAUUUUAUGCACAAAAGGUAUAAGCGCCUCGUCCUCGCGGGCACGCGCCCGCGCGCUCUAAAGCCCCUCCCCGCUCGGUUAGUUAAGCCAGCGCUUUUCAAAGCGUCACUCACUUCAGGAAAAUAGACCCCUGACCCUAAUAACCUGUUAUACAUUGUUUACAAAAUGUUUGUGUCGAGCGCAGUGCCGCUGCUGCCGUCUUUGUGCUAUAGUGCAGUGUGGCUGUGCUCUGUGCUGUGCUUGGUUUGGGGUUUAGAGAGACCGAGCUGUAAGUAGGUCGGGCUGGGCUUAAGCGGCUUAGCUACGUCAGCCUAAGCUGGGAGGAAUUCAUCCAAAGUCCUCCGCGGUAGGCGGGGGCCUAAACGAGGCUGGCCUAGUUAAGCCUGAUUCUUAUUGUGUGCAGCACAGCCUGUUUUUGUUGUGCAACGUGGCUGAGGGAGAACCAAGGAGUGGUGUAUGAAUCCAUGCACAUGUUGGACAUAGUUUAUGUUUGAUUUAGAAGAAGAAUAGAAGGAAAAUGGGAGAGGUAUGGGAGUAAGACCAGAGUUGGCUUCAUCACCGUGGACCAAGAGAAGCCAAGCAGCAGGGACAAAAAAAAGACGGGUGGGAAGAGUGAGGAGCCUUAGUAUCGAGUGUGGUUGCUGAGCUGCAACAGCCAUAGGCCUGACUCAAUCUGUGUGAGUCCGCUAUGCUAUAAGAUGGCAGCCAGCUCUGUGUUUCUGUCUAGUAUGGUGGGUAAAGCUCGCUCAUCCAACUUCACCCUCUCUGAGAAGCUGGACUUGUUGAAACUGGUGCGUCCUCACAUCCGCAUCCUGGAGGAGCACACCAACAAGCAUGCAGUCAUCGUGGACAAGAACAAGUGCUGAACUGUUGCUGAGCAAUACAAUGCCUUGGGAGGGGACAGACCCCAUCGCACCGCUCAGGGCCUCAGGACACUCUACAAGAGGUUAAAGGAGUCAGCCAAGCAGGAAGUGAUGCAGCGGAGACACGCCCAGCCAGAGUACAGAUCGAGCAUCUCUGAGCCAACCAGGAGAAUUAUGGAGAUGAUCCCUCACCUGUUUCACCGUCCCAUCCAUGAAAAGGACCAGGCACUUCGCAGAUUAAUAUACAACAAGCACAACUCUCCUGUGGAACAUCCUGGCAGCAGCUCCUCUCUGGCCGGACUCCAGGAUUACUCGGCAGCUGUCCCAAGUAUCCCCCAAGAGGUGGUCCAGCUGGACCCUGAAGAGGAUGUUAAACCACCGCCAGACCUCCCCAUCCUCUCCACACACACAGAAUCAGUGCUGGACGGUGGCCAAGAGGGGGAGGAGGAGCAGGACAUGGGUAGCAGCGUUCAUGAUUUUGAAGCAUCACUGUCUCCCGUCCCCUCCUCCGUUAAUAUACCCCUCUCUCCCUCGCCGCUGCCCUUACGCCAUGACCUCUACCCCAAUGACAUCUACCCUCACCCCGAGCCUGACAGGUUUGGCUCUCUGCACCUAGCCAAAGAGGAGCACGAGUUGGUGUUGGCUAAUCACAGGAAGGUUGCCAUGUAUCUGGAGGAGAAGAGGGAGGGACUGAAGAGGAAACAGGACCUGGAGGAGGAACUUCUGAGAGCCAAGAUUAAAGUAGAGCAAAUAAAGGCUGCUCGGCUGAGAAACGGACUGCCAAUUCCUCUAUAAAGAGCAUGAACGCGCACAUCUGUGUCCAGCGUUAGAAAGGGAGAGGCUCUGAGGAGAUUAAAGUGUGGAGAAGAGGCUGAGGAGCAAUCACACAUCAGUUUCAUGUUUGAGAACUUUACUUUCUUUUGGAAACAUAGUGCCUCAUACAGACACUGAAAGCCUAUUAUGCAUAUUGCAGAAUGAGGCUCGCUUGUGUUGCCUUCAGUCUGUGUUUAUAACUGUUGGUGUUGAAAAUGUAUCCUCAUCUCUCUUAUUGACAGAAACAGCAACAGACCUUGUAAAUGCUCAAUUUACAAACACUGUGACUGGCCAAAAUAGAUUAAAUAUAUAUGAACGUCCAGCUAUUUGGAAGGGAAAAUUAAUAGUAAUGAUUGGCUUGUACCAUGAUGGUGCUUCUCCUGCUUAGAUCUGCCACCACUUUAAAUGUACUGCCAGCAUUUACUGUAAUGAUUCACUGGAGUCUGAGAGUCUCCCCAGAUCAUAUCAGGGGGAUUAUUAGCACCUUUUAAAUUCUUAAUGAAAAUCUUCACGUGAUCUGGCAUCAGUAAAAAUAUAAUGUGAGAAACUAAAAAAGCAUUUCCUUUUUGCAUAUGUAGGGAAAUAAACUAGGGCGCUUUAUCCAAGUUCUGUCGGUAAGAAAUUUAGAAGAAGCGCUCUAAUCAAACGGUUACAAUUUAACUUUUUAGAACUCAGAAAUAUUCUGAUACCCAGUAUUGAAGUCAAAAUGUCGAAGGCCUUAAUCACAAGAUGCUAAUGAUUACAAAUCCUACUAUCCUAUGACUGAAUUCACAUGGAAGUGAGAGAAAUCUGUUAAAGUCUGAUAUCCUCUCCGGUUGCUGAAUCGAUCAAAAGAAGGGAGAUGUGGACUUGGUUUUGUGAUGUUAUUGUUAUUUAAUGUGUGUGACUACAGCAUUGAUUGUAGUUCAACGUUUGUAUACUGUGAUGUAAGUUUAUUUUACAC